GACCCAAAGUGGGAGAGGUGGGCAGAAAGUUAAAGGGCGCGGAGCGGCCGCUGGAGCCUAAGUCCCGGGCGACGUGCUGGAGGGAGGAGGCAAGCGGACUGCUCUAGCGCGCGGACUGAUGCAGCUGCCCGCGGAGGGCGCGAAACUCAGCACCAGCCCACGCUCCCACCGUCGCGGUCGCUGUGCCUGUCAUCCUCCUGCGUUUGGUGUGGCGGGCAGGCGCUUCUGCCCUCGGGACUUAUGAGCUGUACACGGGUCCUGUCCUAUUCAUCUAGCCCCAUGAUGGCUGUGGACAUAGAGUACAGAUACAACUGCAUGGCCCCUUCCUUGCGCCGGGAGCGGUUUGCCUUCAAGAUCUCCCCAAAGCCAAGCAAGCCACUGAGGCCUUGCAUUCAGCUGAGCAGCAGGAAUGAAGCCAGCGGGAUGGUGGCCCCUGCGGUCCAGGAGAAGAAGGUGAAAAAGCGGGUGUCCUUCGCAGACAACCAAGGCCUGGCCCUGACAAUGGUCAAAGUGUUCUCGGAAUUUGAUGACCCGUUAGAUAUUCCAUUUAACAUCACUGAGCUCCUAGACAACAUUGUGAGUUUGACGACAGCAGAGAGCGAGAGCUUUGUUCUGGAUUUUUCACAGCCUUCUGCAGAUUACUUAGACUUUAGAAAUCGACUUCAGGCCAACCAUGUCUGCCUCGAAAACUGUGUGCUGAAGGACAAAGCCAUCGCGGGCACAGUGAAGGUUCAGAACCUUGCAUUCGAGAAGAUUGUGAAAAUAAGAAUGACAUUCGACACUUGGAAAAGCUUCACAGACUUUCCUUGUCGCUAUGUGAAGGACACUUAUGCUGGUUCAGACAGGGACACGUUCUCCUUUGACAUUAGCUUACCUGAGAAAAUUCAGUCUUAUGAAAGAAUGGAGUUUGCUGUGUGCUACGAAUGCAAUGGCCAGGCAUACUGGGACAGCAACAGAGGCAAAAACUAUCGGAUCAUCCAGGCUGAAUUAAAAUCCACUCAGGGAACCGUGGAGCCACAUAAUGGACCAGAUUUUGGAAUAUCUUUAGACCAGUUUGGAAGCCCUCGGUGUUCCUAUGGUCUGUUUCCUGAGUGGCCUAGUUACUUAGGAUAUGAAAAACUAGGUCCCUACUAUUAGUGACUGCAGUCCACAGGUGUGGCCCUGGUCACCAUGGAAUGGAGACGCCAAGAGAAGAGCAGAAUGAACUGCUGUUAGGCCCAGUUUUCAAAAAGAAAGAAUCCUAUUUUUUUUUUUUCUUACACCAGCAAAUUCAGCCAGCUUUAGAUCACAGAACUGGUUUCUCAUUCAGAGGGUUCACUGGGUCCUCUGUGGCACCCAGGGUGGCCACUUGGGAAUGAGCAGGAUGGUGCCAGAAAGAGUCCGAGUAGGAACCAAGCCUGUGGGCAGUGUGGUGAGGCCGGAGGAGCCUGACCUCUUCUCCGCACCCAAAUGUGGGAAGACAGUCACCCAAAGUCACUCAGUUCCCAGUCACCCCCAUCGGACCCUCUCCAACCACUUCUGGGUUCUCUGUCCCAGCCAGGCCUUUCCUGCUGUUGCUGUUCAUAUCUACUCAUAACCACCCUUUAUCUCUGAGCUGUGACCCAACAGUCUGAUGUCACCCAUUUGUAGUAACAGCUGCAGAAGAGAGAUGGGAUCUGCACUUUUUGGUGCAAAUUACUUUUUGCAUUUCAUUUUUUUCCACCAUUCACCCGAUGUUUAGGAAAAGAUAAUAAAGGCUUGUGACAGAGGCAGGCAUUUCCUCUCCCUCUCUUCCUGAACCCACAUCCAUAUUCCACAGAGAGCCAUUAUGGAAAGUCACUGACUCCUGUGUGGGGUCACAGAUUGCAGGGUUAUUACAAGGCAGGACAGUCAUGAGUUUCAGCUUUUCCUCUUGGCUUUUGGGGGAGCUUUCUAAGCAUUCACUUUCACCAAGUCACCAGAAGCCUCAAUGACAAGAUUUGUUUUCACUUACUUGGCUGGUUUGCAAGCCUCAUUCUUUAGGAAAGAAUUGUAGAUCUCACUUCCUGGAGAGUCAUCUUUUAUGCUGUGUUUAGGACACUUGAUUUGCAGAUCCAGCAUAUCCUCAAAGCCUUCAGAAAAUGUUUGGUUUUAUUUUGACUCUGAUAUCCAGGACACUUCAUAAGUACUGAGGGACAUUGAUUUGGGUGUUCUUAUUUAUGGUGUGUGAAUAUGUAAGAGGAUAUGGAAGAGAAACCUCACUAUGUUCUUGUAUGUUAUUUUAAAUGUUUGCCAACUCUGAAAUAUCAGAGAUUAACUGUUUUGAACCAUAUUGGACUAAAGUAUGUCGGUUAAUGCUAUUGUGAGACUCCUGGGACAUUCAUUGUCAGAUGGAUCCCAAAACCUGUGAUUUUUCUUGGGUAAGAUUGGAUUUUAUUUAGGGGUAUCUGAAAAAUACUUUUACAUGUUUAUUUGUAGAAAUUGGAAUUUUCUUUCCUGGUUUUUGUUUGUUUAUGGAGUUUGGUUAAAAGACUGUUUAAUUCUUUUUGCCUGAUCUUACUAAAGUGUACAUAGUUGCCUGGAUUCAGAGGCACAGCUGCUGGACUUGCCGAGCCAAGAGUCUUCUGCUUGAAUUUUCCCAGGUUAAUUAGAAAUGACCUCCUGGUUUGUGGCUUUGUACAUCAGUAUCAGGCAUUGAGUGCCUUGACUCCUAGAGUUUUGUGGUUGGGUUUUUUAUUUUGUUUGUUUGUUUGUUUUUAGUUUUAGUUUUUUCAUUAUUGAACUUUAAAAUUUUUUAACUUUUUAAAUGCUAAAUGGUUAUUUGGUAUAAUUCUUGUUCCUGAAACUGGCUGUUACUAGUCUUCAAUCCAGUGCUUUGUUUUCUGGGCCUCUUCCAGAUGGUAUCAUUCUGAUUACAUGAUAAUAUAAUUUAUGGGGAAAUCACAUUUUUAUUUUAUGCUGAUAUUGGGCAGGACUAUGUUUUAUCUAAACACACUGUACAUCAGGUACACAGACAGUACUUGACAUGUUACAAAUUUGGUGAUCAGAGCUAUCAAUACUCUAAAGGAAGCAAAAUUGAUCUCAUGUAGGUCAUGAAUUUUGCUUUGUGUUAAUAUGCGUUGCCUCCCAGUGUGGGAAGGGAACAGGCACACUGUUAUUUAUAGGUCACCAAACUAAGGCUCAUUCCAUGUUCAGAAGAAAGGGGCCUCAAAUGACUCUAGAAGAAAACCUGUUUCGUUUUGCGUAAUAAUGACCCUAAGACAUUCCCUUGUCAAAAUUUGAAAUAUGGUAAAUUCAGUGAUAAGCAUCUCUCCUAAAACAUCCAUAAACUCUUCCCUUUUUUCCUCCCAGCCCAUCUCAGCUUUUUUGCUGGGGGCACUGGUUGCAAGCCCCCAGUCUGCACACCUGGGAUGCUCACCCGACUGCUCAGUUCAGAAGGCAAGUCCUCACCUGCUUUCCAAAGAGCCUUCUACCCCAGUGAAAGAACCUGCUUGCCUUCUCUCAUCAGGCUGUCAUUCACUGAGGUAGACAUACCUGAAGAACUGUCUGUGUUCUCAUUGCAGUUUGACCCAGACUGUCCCAUGAUUCUCUCAGAUGACCUCCAGAAUUUCAUUGAGAGACUCUGAACGGACUUCAUAGCUCACCAUCAGUGGAUAGGCCUGCACACUUCAGAGGGUGACGGUUCCUUAGAUGAAGAUUUCUCCACAACCUGACCUAUAGACUUCCCUUCACACAGCUCUUGGUUAUGGUGAUGAAUAGCCCCAGUCCUGGGUAUCCUUCCCAGGUUGCCUGAAAGGACCAACCACCUGCCGCUGGGCAGUCGUCCAGAACUGUGUUGUCAGACAGUACUCCAGGCAUGGGGAAACACCACCAUUUUUGUUUCAUAUUUAUUUCCCAAAAUGCCCCGGGGUGCUUUUGCAAAUUGGAUGCAAUAAAUAACAUGGACUAUCUAGAUAUGUAAUAAGCUUUCAGUGUUUCUUGUAUGAUAUGAAGCAUGUGAAUUUUUUUUUUUUUUUUUAAUCCUUGUUAGAGAAAAACUGGUCAGAAAUGGAGCUGUGCAGUUCUCUAGAAAUUAAAGCAAUCCUGAGUCCAUGGUAGGAUUAUUUUAUCUCUAAGAUUAAUUUUAAUGGUUAUAAAAAGUUUUUUUUAUUUAAAGAUAUACAUUUUAAACUGCUUUGUGAAUUUCAAUCUUUGCAUAUCCUUUGCUUUUUAUAAACGAGCAUUACAUGUGUAGUCAUUUGGACAUUAAAUCGGUUAUGUGUGCUCAUUUUUUUUAGAAGUACCCAUUUUGUGGGUCUUCUCUCUCAAUGGACAGUGAAUGACAACCUUGAUUGUCUUUCAUUUGUUUCUGCUUUUAAAAUCCCUCCACUGGAUGGAAGCCUGAUGACUCUUUGUUCUGGGAGGGCCUAGAUCUAAUUGUCUUUCCUGACCUGAUGGGCUGAAAUUGGAGAUAAGAAGUUACACACAGUAAUGGGAUCUUACCUACAAUGGGAUCUUAUAGGGUCACCUGAAGACAAUUUGGCAGCUUAACUUCCUGAAGGGAGAUGACACUUGGGGACAGGCGGAUUUUCCUGGUCAUGGCUGUGAAGAAUUGCAGUGCAAGUCAUAAAGCUGCAAAUCUACCUAGUUUUUAUGUUGAUAAGUUCCUAGAGACUGCUGGGUCUGGGAGGAUUUGGAGACUGCAGCUCUGAUGCUUCACUUUGACUUCAGUGUGAAUGUAGAACUGAGGACCCGUCUUCAUUUUAUGCCUAAAAGUGCCUUGUGGAGAAAUUUUUGCAUGUUUUUUUUUUUUUUUAAAUAAAUAUUUUUAUACACAAAGUUAUAGGGGAAAUGCACUUUAAAAUCACAAGAAUGGCUGGGGAUUUUUGUGUGGUAGAAGAGAGUGGUUUGUAUGUAUCUCAAAAGCAAAAAAAAAAAUUGUAAUAAAGAUAGAAAAAAACAAAAC